AUGCUCUAUCUGUGUAUAUCGCCAAGAAGAGUAUAUCGGAAUAUAUAUUAUCAUAAACAAACCAAAAACCAAUGGGCUCGAGACGAUCCUGCAUUCCUUGUCCUGUUAUCGCUAUGUCUAGCCAUCACCUCAAUCGCUUACGGAAUCGCAUAUUCACAAGGCUUUGUAGGCACAUUACAACUCAUGCUGUACAUGAUAUUCGUGGAUUUUGUUGUUGUUGGACUGGUGGUGGCCACUUUACUAUGGGCCUUCUCAAAUCGCUUCCUCAUUCAACACCACAUGCACUCAGUAGAGCAAUCGGUGGAAUGGGCAUACGCUUUCGACGUGCAUUGUAAUUCAUUCUUCCCAAUGUUUCUCAUGACAUAUGUCCUGCAAUUCUUCUUUAUACCCAUUGUGAAACAGCAACGGUGGAUUUGUCUGUUUCUGGGUAAUACGAUAUAUCUGGCUGCUGCUUCCUAUUAUAUCUUUAUUACCUUCUUGGGAUACAAUGCACUUCCAUUCCUGAAAAACACAACGAUAUUUCUGGCGCCAAUAGGGCUGCUACUGAUUAUGUACAUCAUCUCGCUAUUUGCUUCCUUCAACAUAUCCAGCUUCAUUCUAACGUUGUACUUUUCAUGA